AUGAGCCGACAACUAUACAUGGCAAACUCCAUCCAUGCAAGAAGAAGGUUCUCUUCUGCCUCUGACAUAUGUGGUCUAAGCAGAUGUAGACUGAGUGCAUCUUCUAUAUCCCAGCCUGGUGGAAGAAGUGGAAUUGGUGGCUAUAGCACCAGGAGUCUCUCAACCAUAGGUGGAAUCAGAAGAAUUUCUUGCGUUGGAGGCUACCAGAUUGGGGGCUAUGGAGGUCUUGGUGUUGGACAUCACAUUACCUAUGGUGGUCAGAGCUAUUGUGGCAUUCCAAGAAGCUACGUUGAGCUCAGAAAUUAUGCUGACAGUGGUCAAAAUGACCAUUUCCAUGAAGUCAGCAUCAACGAACGCCUUCUAAAACCACUCUGUAUAGGAGUUGACCCUGAGAUCCAGAAAAUACGCACUAAAGAGAAGGAACAGAUGAAAUCUCUCAACAACCAGUUUGCUUGCUUCAUUGAUCAGGUCAGAGUAUGAAUGACUAGUCAUUCAUUCAUUCAUUCACUCAUUCACUCAUUCACUCAUGAAGUAGGAAGUGGCAAAUGAGGUUUCUUUCUAUGGGGCAGUAGCGGGUAGAUGACCCAAUGCAAGAUGUGGUGGGAGGAUUCAGUCCAAGAGCAGGUGCUUGGUAUGUGUUCAGAUACCACAAAGUUUGCACAUGAGAGAAAUGCUUCAGAAAUUUUGAUCUGAAGCAAUUUUAUGCCAGAGCUCUUUGAGGUAUGGUGUGUGUAUAUGGGGAAGGGGACAGGGGUCUGCUAUUUUUGCUUACUUCAGUAUUUAUUCAUUUUGAUACAAAAUGACUGCAAGAUUCAGCUAUGAAUAGUGUAGUUGCAUAUUACCGUAGUUGUCAACUUUUAUCAUGUCAAAUGUUGAAUAAAUGCCAAAUAUCCUGAAUGCUAAUGUACCAUGUGCACCAAAGUGAACAAAGUCUAAAAUAAAACUGACCAUACUGCAUUGUAAAAAGUAAAUUGUGUUCAUACUUUUUUUAAAAAAAAAAAUCUAAGUGUGGCAAUUGAUCCAUUUUAGAAAAUCCUGAAGCAGAAUUCUUGCAGUAUUUUGCUGAUAUUGGGUUGGUGCUAUUGUUACAGCAGACUCUACCAUUGUCAAAUGUAAUGAACCCCUGAGUAAUUUUGCUAAUCGUGGAAAAGCUCUUUUCUUUUACCUCCAAUUCCUCCAGAUUGAUUCCUUGAAAUGGUCAGGACUGUCCCAGUUCACCAUAAUAUGUAAUCUGGUGGACACUUCAGGUGUAGAAGUCAAAAGAAAAUGUCCUGUGUGAAUUAUUUAGACAGUUGAUGGAAUUCCACACAAUGAUGGGCAGAUCAAAAGUGCAAGCAUUAGAUGAUUGAUAGAUAGAUGAUAGAUAGAUAGAUAUAGAUAGAAUAAUAAAGUGGCUACUAUGUUAAGGCAUAAUAUGGGGAGUGAGUAGGGAUGGAGGUAAAAUUCAGUUCAGUUCACCCAUGAAAAGUGAGUCUGACUAAUUUGCACUUUCCAAAAUAAAAAGCGAACCAAAACACAGCCACCCUUUGAAAGUUGUAUUCUUUCAAAUUUUGCAGUGCCGUUCUCCAGCCAUGUGUACAAAAAUGCACAUUCUGGGUUAAGUAUUGCAUGUAUUAGUGAAAAUAGCAUACAAAAUGCAUUGCAUUAGGGAAAACCACUGCUGAAAUGUGUAGCUUAGGCAAAAUUGCAUGGAAAAAUGUGCAUAUUAGGAUACCUUUACACUAACAUGCAGGCAGAUUUUCUUGAGGACUCCCCUCCAAUGCAAACUGAUUGCAGAUAUGGAGAAUUGACUUAACAUUGGAAAAAGGAGAAACAGAGAAGUUGAAAUUGUCAGAUUCACCCAUCCUUUGGGCUGACAAAGCUGGACAGCUGAAUAUAAUCUCCACACUGUUCUUAUAGAUUUUCAGCUGUAAGCCUUUGUACAACGUCACAACAUGCCUUAUUGUAAGCAGCUAUGCCACUGCAAUUAAUUUUCAAAGUACACAUGCUGUGCACAUCUAUAAGAGCAAUGUGGCAACUAAUAUGUGGGAGAGAGAGAGAAAAGGUAAAAAGAAAAGAGCUGUGUAUAGGGGUAAAUAGAUGGGUGUCUAUAUUUAAAGACAGGCGCAACACACUAUUCUGACAAUAUUAAAGAAGGAGUGUCAUCCUUUGACCCACAAGUCUUUCUGAGACUGUUGCACUAACUGUAGCAAUAAUCAUAAAACUGUAGAUUUCGAAGAGACCACAAGGGUCGUCUGGUUCAACCUCAACUUGCAAUGUAGGAAAUAAAGCUAAAGAAUCCCAACCUCUGUUGAAAAGCCUUCAGUGGAGGAGAGUCCACCAUAAAUAAAUCUAUUCAUUUUCUGAGAAAACUGCAUAACUGGUGUGGGUGGGUGUAUUGAUAGACAGAUGGUGGGAGGAUGGAUGAUAGAUAGACAGAUAGAUCAGGCAUAGGCAAACUCAGCCCUCCAGAUGUUUUGGGACUACAACUCCCACCAUUAGCUAACAGGACCAGUGGUCAGGGAUGAUGGGAGUUGUAGUCCCAAAACAUCUGGAGGGCCGAGUUUGCCUAUGCCUGAGAUAGAUACAGCUUUUCUUAAGCGCUGCAGCUGAGGCUGAAAUAGAAUGACUUGCCAAAGGCAACCCAUUCAUAAUCCAUGACAAUAUAGGAACUGGAGUAUUUUACCUCAACAUGCUCUUGACAACACAACUAUGCCACUUGAAUUUAGUGUCUUUCUUGUCUUUAAUUAACACUUAUAAAGUUAUUCUUCUAAAGGUUCCUCUAUUUCAUGCUUUUACAUUUGAUUUUAUGUUGCUUUUAGGUUCUAUGGGCACACAUUUUUUCAGUGGUGACCUUGCUGUGGAAGGGCGACCGCUGCAUUUUGUCAUGUACACCAUUUUUAUUUAGUAUGCUUGCUGAAACAAAACAAUGUCUUUAGCAGGUGCCGAAAUGGCAACAGUCGAGACACCUGCCUGCCGUUCAACAGAGGGAGUUCCAAAAGUAAGGUGUCACCACAGUUCUGACACCAUGCAGAAGGGAUCUCCUGACAGAUGCCCUCUUCUGAAAGAUGUCCUGCAAGCAUACAUUGAUGUGCGAUUAACUGUUACCCACAGUGCAAUUUGGAAGACUAACGCAAAAUAACUGUGUGUGGCUUAUCCCUGUCCCCUACAAUCCCUACUUCCAUCCCCUUCCAUUUUGGAUUUUCCUUUCUUUGAUUUCAGGUCCGAUGUCUAGAGCAGAAGAACAAGGUGUUGGUAACCAAAUGGAACGUCCUGCAAGAGCAGAUGCCACCUGCCAGGACAGAUCUCAAUUCCCUCUUUGCAAGAUGCAUCUGCGGCCUUCGCAAGCAGCUGCACUUUUUGCAGAAUGAAAAGGAGCAAAUGGAACCGCAGCUGCAGAACAUACAGCAGAUCGUAGAGGAGCUUAAAUGCAGGUAGACAUUGCCAAUGCCCAGUCAUAUAAUAAUAAUAAUAAUAAUAAUAAUAAUAAUAAUAAUACCUUUAUUGUCAUCGUAUGACCUGUGUACAAUGAAAUUAAAUGAGCCUCCCCCCCCACGCAAACACUCAAUCUCUUAUCGAACAACACACCACCUCGCAAGUCAAUUUCGCUAUGUUAUUUUUCGUUCAACAGCCUAACAGGCCAUGGAUAGAAGCUAUUUUUUAGCCUGUUGGUAUGACUGAUUAUACUUCUAUAUCUCCUGCCUGAGGGUAGAAGAUUAAAGAGGUGAUGGCCGGGGUGUGAGCCAUCCCUGAGAAUUUUUCUCGCUCUCCUAAGGCAACGAUCCCUUGCAAUGUCAUCUAGUGGACUCAAGGGAAAGCCCAUGGUAUCAUGUGCUGUGUUCACCACCCUCUGUAGAGACCUUCUGUCCGUGGCAGUCCGGCCAGCAUACCACACUGUGAUACAAUAUGAAAGGACACUUUCUAUUGUGGACCGGUAAAAGGAGUUUAUCAGUUGUUCUUUAACAUUAUUCUUUUGCAAGACCCUGAGGAAAUGGAGUCUCUGUUGGGCCUUUCUGACCACCUGAGUUAUGUUGAUUUUCCAAGUGAGGUCCUCACUAAGGUAAACUCCCAGGAAUUUAAAGGAGGAGACACUCUCCACACAGCCCCCCCCCCCAAAUAUACAAUGGGGCGGGUUCCCCUCUCUUCCUCCGGAAGUCCAACACCAUCUCCUUUGUCUUACUAAUAUUUAGGUGCAAGUUAUUCUCUAAGCACCAUGUAGAUACUUUUUGAACUUCCCUCCUGUACACUGUUUCAUCUCCGCCUGAAAUUAGGCCCAUUAUGGUAGUAUCAUCUGCAGACUUAAUAAUUACUGUGGAUGGAUCAGAUAAUAUGCAGUCAUAUGUGUACAAUGAGUACAGGUAGGGACUUAGCACACAUCCCUGUGGGGUGCCAGUGCUAAGCUUCAGGGAGGUAGAUGUAACAGACCCAAUCUUCAUUGUUUGUGUACGAUCCCUCAAAAAGUCUUUAAUCCAGUCACAGAUGGUAGAAGAAAGGUCAAGAUCCGCCAGCUUUUUAAUAAGAAUGUCUGGGAGGAUGGUAUUAAAAGCCGAGCUAUAAUCAAUAAAUAAUAUUAUGACAUAAUUCCCCGGUCUCUCCAGAUUACUCACUGCCAGGUGAAAGGCUGUAGCUAUGGCAUCAUCUGUGGACCUGUUUCUCCUAUGUGCUGAUGACGUUCCAUUGUGCCAAAGGAGCCACUUUAGUUUAUGUGUACUUAAGCUUACUUGCAGAAGAGAAAGAACAAUCUAUUUGUCUUUUAUAUUUUUUCUUGCAUUGGAUCAGCAUAGAUGCAGAAAUAGGGGUGCUGCGUAAAUUUGAUCCUUGUGAACUCUGCGCUGAAAUGUUUUCUCUAAAUCCGUGUGAUUUAAAAUUGUUGUAAGUUGUUAACAAGUCCAUUGUUAACAAGUACGAUGGAAAAGUCCCAUAGCAGUGACUGGGAUAAUAAGAAGGGGUUAAGAUCAGAACUAUGAUAUUGGGAAUAAACAACAGAGAAAACACAGGAACAAAAACAAAAGAUCGGCCACGACUGGACCAAAUGAUCAGGGGUCCCUUUACCUUUACCUUAAAGCAUGAAGGAGGCUCCACGAGGACAGGAGCUUUCCCCACUGCACACACAAAGAACUUGGGACAUGUGAGGUGGUGGAGUUAGCACACUCACACAUACUUUCCCCUUUCCCCAUGGCUAUCCAUGAGAGCCAGUGUGGUGUAGUGGUUAAGAGCGGUAGUCUCUUAAUCUGGGGAACCGGGUUCGUGUCUCCGCUCCUCCACAUGCAGCUGCUGGGUGACCUUGGGCCAGUCACACUUCUUUGAAGUCUCUCAGCCCCACUCACCUCACAGAGUGUUUGUUGUGGGGGAGGAAGGGAAAGGAGAAUGUUAGCCGCUUUGAGACUCCUUAAAAGGGAGUGAAAGGCGGGAUAUCAAAUCCAAACUCUUCUUCUCUUCUUCUUAUCCUUUCGCUUGCUCCCUCCCCAUCUAUUGCAGUGAGCAAGAUCCCAGACGUGUCAUGCACAUAGGAUGCAGCUGUCUGCCCCUGUUGUUGUUUAGUCAUUUAGUCAUGUCCGACUCUUCAUGAUCCCAUGGACCAGAGCACGCCAGGCACUCCUGUCUUCCACUGCCUCCCGCAGUUUGGUCAAACUCAUGCUGGUAGCUUCGAGAACACUGUCCAACCAUCUCGUCCUCUGUCGUCUCCUUCUCCUUGUGCCCUCAAUCUUUCCCAACAUCAGGGUCUUUUCCAGGGAAUCUUCUCUUCUCAUGAGGUGGCCAAAGUACUGGAGCCUCAACUUCAGGAUCUGUCCUUCCAGUUAGCACUCAGAGCUGAUUUCCUUCAGAAUGGAUAGGUUUGAUCUUCUUACUUCCAUGUAAUUCAGUCUGUGCACAUCAGAAGAUUUGCAGGUCUUUGGGGGUUCCGCUGUUGAACACCCAAGUCAUGGCAUGUCCUCUUUCUCUGCUGUCUCCAAACAGGUACGAGGAGGAAAUCAACCGGCGCACAGCUGUAGAGAAUGAUUUUGUUCUGCUUAAGAAGGUCAGAAAUUCAGGUUGCUGUAGGGCGAUUUGUGCUGGCAUUUCAUAAAAGAGAGUCUGUGCAUACUUUUAACCUCAGUUAAUGCUCAAAGACGGUGCAGUCAGAGGUACAUCAAAAUCUGUAUUUGCAUUCAUCUGUGCUCAUGCAGCAUGCAAAUUCUCUUUUCUUUUCAUAGGAGAAAAACACAUCCUUUCCCUCUGCCUGCCUUAGAGGAAUGAUCAAAAUCAUAAAUGGGUUAAAACCUCCACUUCAUCCAUAAGCCUGCACUGAUUUAUUUUUUAAAAAAUCUCCCUUGGCUGGGGGUACCACGGUGUGAUUCAAUUAGUCUGUGGGUGCUUUCAGAGUGACUCACUAUUUUCAGGUGGGAUUCAGCCACACAUUGGCGAAUUCUGGUUGCACAGUUAAACAGUCAACAUUGUCUAAUCUCCCGGAAAACGUAUCAGGAUAAAUGCUUAAUAAACAGGUUGUCUGGAAGCACUGUAUGUUAAGCAGUUUUUUAAAAAUGUAUUUUUAUUUUUUUAAAAAAAUCUUGGUUUACAAAAGUAUGAGCAGUGUCUCUCUUUUUUCCCCCUUUUCCAAGUAACAUUUUUACAGAUCAGUUUCAUUUGUUGAGACAUUAGUGUUACAUUAGGAAGAAAAGGGGGGAAGAGGUGGAGGGGGGAGAGGCAAGUGGGGUUGGGAUUGGGUGGCGAUGUUUCUAUUUUACUUAAUAUAAGUAUGGGGUUUUGUGCCAGUGUCGCUUGUGCAGGUUCUCUGCUAUUCGCUUGUGUUCCUUUGGUGGUGUGAGAGGUUGCGGAAGGCCUAGGGUGUGGUUUUUCAUUUGUGAUUGGCUGUGGUGAGCUUUGUUUUCAUGUGUGAGUGGGGUAGGUGGGUGUUUUGGAUCACGUUAGCCAUAUUGAUUUGUGUGCUGUUGGUGGAUUCUUGUCUUUGUCUUGUUGAGCUGUGUAUGUGAUAAAGGGGAGCCAUACUGGGGUGAAGGAGUCUUCUUCUAUUUGUCCCUGUGUCAGUUUCAGUUUAUUUUGCAUGCAUCACAUUCUUUCUUUCUUUCUUUCUUUCUUUCUUUCUUUCUUUCUUUCUUUCUUUCUUUCUCUCUCUCUCUCUCUCUCUCUCUCUCUCUCUCUCUCUCUCUCUUUUUCUCUUUGAUGUAGCCAAAGCUCAUAAGGUGUGUGUUGGGAGUGGGGAUAGUUUUGAUGUACAAACUUCCCCACUUAUUUCCAUUAUAAUUUUGAACUGAACUCAGAACUGUAUGAAGUUCAAACAUUACCUCAUAAUUGACCCAACCCCAACCCCAGUCUUCCUCUUUACUGCAGAUACCGUCUGAUCUUUUCUGCUGACAUUGUCUCAGUGGUGGCAGGGGCAAUAAUGACUGCUGCUGGUGCCUUCAGGGGGCAGUAACAGCAUCCCUGGAUAUGAAAACCUCUGGGACUCAUCAUUUAACCAUUACAGUUCUCAGGAGUCAUGUGAUCUUGGGGCAAAUCUCCAGCAUAUAUUACUUCCCCCAAAUAAUAUUGUGGGCAGUAGAUGCCUCUGCACAGCACCCUUAACAGGAGCUCCUGAGCAUUAAAUGUGUGCAUUGGCUGUGUAGUUUAAGUACAUGGCAUGGAUCUGCUGGUGUUUCAUUUCUCAGUAAAUGAAUCAACUGCUCUGCAUUUUGUUUAGACAGCUGAGGUCACAGAGCCGCUGGGAAGCUUAGGGCAUCUCUGAACCUUGUUAAAAGCACAGUCCAACUCAGAAAUGAGAGAACCUUUCCCGAAUCACCCCAAUUCACCUUGGAAAUCAGGGUAGAUAUACAGCCCAUGCACACCCCAAGAGAUACAAAUGAAUAUCAAUAACUUCUUUGACUGUGUUUGAGCCAAAAGCAUCUGAAGGUUUCCUUUCUCCACUUUGCAGGAUGUAGAUUGUGCUUUCUUGAACAAGGUGGAGCUGGAAGCCAAGGUGGACACAAUGAAGAGGGAGGCUGAAUUCCUGAGGUGUGUACAUAAGGAGGUAAGAAAUCCUAAAUGAGUUUUGAUGGGUGCAAUAAUGGAAUACUGAUUGGUAUAGUUUUUGGAAAAUAUGCAGGGAUUUAUGAUAUGUAAAAUGAUCCAUGGAAAGAGAAGAAGGGAAGUCAUUGAUAUCUUAAGGAUGUAAAAUGAGUAUUUUAAAUUGUAAAACAGACAUUUUUUUAAUUCAUUCAGACAUUCUAAUUGUGUGUCGUUAUCCCCUGUGUUUGAUUUUAUGUUGCUCUCUCCAAUAUGCUAUUGAUUUUAUUGGGUUUUGGUUAUAAUAGUUUUGCUAUUGUGUUUUGUAUUUUGUAUUUUUGAAAGGUGGGGUUAAUAAAUGCUCAAAAUAAACAAAUAAAUCUCCAAACCAAGCUUAAGCAUGUAUAACACAGACAUCAGUAAAUUAUUUUCUUAACUGUUCGGGAAUGUGAAGAACGGAGAACACUUACUGGAUAUUCAAACUUUAGGAGGUUGCACUGCUGGAAAAUCAGAUUCAGUGUCAGGCUUCAGUCAUGGUGCAGAUGGAUAACAAUCGAGAUCUGGACAUGAACGCCAUCCUCCAGAAUGUCGAAUCCUGGUAUCAGAGCAUUGCACGAAGGAGCAAAGAAGAAGUGAAUACUUUGUACCGAAGCAGAGUGAGUAAUCAUACUGACGUCUUGUACGGAAGCCCAUAGAGCUCAUAAUAUUGUUACAAAAUGCAAAAUGUACUUGUGACUGCAAAGGUUAUUACAGGGGUCAGCAAACUUUUUCAGCAGGGGUCCACUGUCCCUCAGACCUUGUGGGGGCUGGACUAUAUAUAUUUUUUUGGGGGGGGGAAUGAACAAAUUCCUAUGCCCCACAAAUAACCCAGAGAUGCAUUUUAAAUAAAAGGACACGUUCUACUCACGUAAAAACACGCUGAUUCCUGGACCGUCUGCGGGCCGGAUUUAGAAGGUGAUUGGGCCAGAUCCAGCCCCCGGGCCUUAGUUUAUCUACCCAUGGGUUAUAACAACCAUGCAAGACUAGAAUGUGUGACAACAAGGAACUUUACUGGAAUUGUUCAACUCUUACAAGCACUUCUGUUAAGGUCAGCCAGAAGCGAGGAUCCUGGUAGCUUCACUGCUCUCAGAAGUUUGGUGAUGGUGGAGGCACGCUGGGAGAGGACAUGCUCUGUGGCAGCCCCUAAGUUGUGGAAUUGCCACCCCAAAGAGGUGUAAUUAGCACCUUCAGUUUGUAGCUUCUUCUUUACCUUGGCCUUUGACAGCUAACAUAUAUGUUGAUGGCUGGAGUCCCAACAACAGGGAGAGGACACCAAGUUUAUAAUACAUGGUUUAGUGAAUGGAACUGCUCAGAAAUGGAAACACUCUUCCUGACAGUUCCUGAGGUCCACAAUGCACACCAGUGGAAUCGGCGAUGGCACUGUUUCCUGGAAAACAGCAUUACUGUGCUGUGUGUGUGAAAUGGAUCUUUAGGUAUUAGAUGUGAAGUGUCUGUGGAAAGCAAUUUAAUGGCACAAUGUUUGUACAUCAUAGUUACUUAUUUUAUGAGCAUUUAGUACCAGGAACUCCAGGACCAAAGAUGCCAAAUUAGCAAUGAUCUGAAGAUCAACAAGCGAGAGAUUUCAGAGCUCAACCGGAUGGUACAGAGACUGCAGUGUGAACUGGAAAAAACCAAGAAGCAGGUAAACAUGGGAAAACAUCUGCUGCUGGGGUGGGGGGUGGGGGGAUUUGGCACAGCAACCUCUUGUUGUGGUUCGAGGACCCGACCCCCGCAAUGUGGAAUGAAUAUGCAAGGACACGUGAUAUAAGGUUAAUGGGCAAGAAAAGGCCACAACUUUAUUGAUUACAGCAGUGAAAAGGUAUUGGCUUAGGCAUUGGAUGUCUAAAACAAGGGGGGGGUUAUUCACCAGUAGGUGGAGCCUGUUGAUGCUAAUCCAACUAUAGGCUCUCACCUGAUGUCACCGAGGGUCGUGCCAUGGCCUCCCGCCAAGCAGGCAUCAGACAGAGUACAUGACCGCCAGAUUCCUUUAACGGAAUACCCAAAAAUUGAAGGCAUAGGCGAUGGCCACACCUAGCCCUUCGACACACCACAACACAUUAUUCCAAUGCCUAACCUACCCACCAAUACCACAAAAGUUGUGACGAUUGCUACGAGGUAGGCGAAAAAACCAAAAGCCUAAUGCCAAAUGGAAAAAUUCCUACCAGGCCCCCUGGACAACCAGGGCGACCAACCUAAGGUCCAUAGCAAAGCCAAUGAACUAAGACCCUGAGCUCAAAGGGAGUGGAGGGUGGGUGACUCGCAACGAGACGAAGGAGAGAAGAAUGAGGCCGAGGAGGAGCUGGCGCCGCAGCAAAAGGCUGCUGUAAAUGCCCCCUCGGAGGCACCUGGUUGGGUGCCUGCCGAGGGGCAUGGGCGCCAGCCAGGUGAGAGAAGGAGGCAGGGGGCUAACACCCCCUGCUAGGGGCAGAGCUCGGGCUCCUGCCCACAACCACUCCCCUCUCUUCCAGGGAGGAGAGUCUUUACCAGCAGGAAGCUAUCUCAGCUGUCCUAUACAUACAUUUCCUUUUGUACAAAAAUGUUUCAAUGGAGUAAAAACAGGACAAAUGAAGAUUUUUGUUUUUUAAGAAUUAUCAUCAUCAUCAAUCUUUAUUACGGUCCAGAGACCCAACAAAUCAUUACAAAACAAGAAUAAUGACAAAACAAGAAUCAUAUCUGAAUAAUUGGGCAUGGUUUAAAGCCAGCUGUUUGCCCCUAAUUCAGAGGAUGUAAUACAUGGAUGUGUGUGGUAUCGGCUCUAUCUCGGUUUGCUACUGAUGUCCAGCAACCCAGUAAUAUAUGCAAAACUCAUUGCAUUGCUUUAUAACCGCAGAUGCAGCCCUAUAGGCCUCUAUAUCUGACACUUGGGACUCUGCCCAGGCCACACCCCACACCAGCCUUACUUUGCACUCUCCUGGAGUGUUUUUGCCUAGCCGGAUUCGGUGUCGCCUGGGGUCAGGGGGUCUUCAUCUGGGCACACAAAGAAUGCAAGACAGUAUUAACCUAAUUCCCACUACUGUUGAGUAAACAUGGCAUGCUGGCUUCCAUGGUUCAUUCAAAUUUAGACGGUAUGUGGAACUCGAGGCAGCCCAGAUGUCAUUGAACUCCAACUCCCACUAUCUCUAGCCAACAUGGCAAUUGUCAGGGUUGAUGGAAGUUGUAGACCAGCAAGAUCCAAAGGUCCACAGCUUCUUCCUUCCUUCACUAGAGAUACACUGAUUUUUCAGCAGCAUGCUGGAAUUUCGAAUGUGCAUCCUGAUAUCUUGAAAAUUCAAAGUUCUCAGAUGACUCUGAUGACGACGAGUGGAAAUUUGAUUUUGAAGGGUGAAUGUCAGUUUUCAAUGAGCCAGUGCCUGAGGGCAAGUAGAAUCUCUUGCUUUACCAAUUGGCAGGUUGCAUGUCUACAGUUGGCCAUUUGUGACUCUGAGCAGCGUGGUGACUGCAGCCUUAAAGAUGCACAAGAGAAAUACGACGAUCUAUACAGUUCCUUGCACCGAUCUAAAGAUGAGUUGGUAUGCAUGGUACGCAACUAUCAGGAGCUUCUGAAUGACAAACUGGCACUGGAUAUUGAAAUAGCUACAUACAAGUCACUGCUGGAGGGAGAAGAAAACAGGUAUUCCUUGACUAUUUUCCUACAGGAUAUAGAAAAGUUACUGUCACUGUCUAAGCUGUCUAGUUCAAUUGUAUCCAGGACCGGUUAAAACAUGCAUAACUGGAACUGCACCACUAAUGAUGGUGGGCAGGGUAAUUACAAUAUAUACCUAUAUACCUGCAUAAGAAAGCAAGCACAUUAGGGAGAAGGCUAGCCUAAAACCUUUAUCUCAGACAUGCUAGUUUCCUGUGCGCAGGAUUUUUUACAAGCCAUUCCACCCCAUCCUGGAAUCAACCUCUACUGGUAGAAUCUGCACAUGGUUUCACUAUGCCUUUCUUUGCUAUUGCAAUUGCAUAUCCUUUAUUUGGCUAAAAUCCUAGAUGCAGGGAAUAUCCACAGAACCACACAUAUUUGGCCAUAUCCCUCAAUAAUAAUCUUCUCUGAGGGAAACCCACCACCAGGCAGUGUCCCCUGUAUAAACUUUGGCACAUUUUUAGGUGCACAUGUCAGAUUUAUCAAGCAUAGAUCUUGAAUGCAGAACCAGCCCAAGACAUGUUGCUACCUGAGGCAAGGAGAAGAAGAAGUUUCCCCUUCCAGUUUCAUGUACCAAAACCAACUGGACUGGCAACUGAAUCUCACUUCAACACGGGUAAUGCAAUAGCAUCCUCCAACACAGGGAGCAGGCUAGGGGAUCAGGAGAGUUGAUGGAGCAACAGAAGGGAAUGGCUGGGUGCUCAAGAAGAAUAGCCAUGGACUGCUACUACUACUUUGCUACUUUGAGUGUAAAAUAUAAAUGAAAAUGAAACAAACAGGAGAUAGAAAGCCUGUAUCAUAUACAGGUACACUCUAAAGAUGGCUUGCAGCUCCCUGUUCAGCGUAUGUUGGGUGGUUUCUUCAAGUAUACCAUGGCAGUGGCCCACACAGAGCUUUAAAAAAACAAUCGUUAUUAUUUUGAUGAAGUAAUACUAAUAAAUAAAUAAGAAUCCAAUGUGCACCCCACCCAUGAGACCAUUCCAUUGUAACUAUCCAACCUCCCAAAAUUUCAACACCUCUUGCGAUGGUUUGACCCCUUUGACAGUACAAGAUCUACAAACACCUUCCAUAUCUCCUCAAAAUCAUUUCCCCAUCUUACCUUAAUAGCAUGUGUCAAUUUAUCAUUAAUAGUUAUAUCCCACACCUCUUUAUACCAUUCUUCCAUUUUAUAUUCACCUUGCCCCUUCCACUUCCUAGCAGUAAUAACUUGUGCAACGGUCAAUACAUUUGUGAGCAAGUCCUUCACAGACUGCAAACCUUCCACCCCACUGUAAAUUGAUAAUAAUGCUGCUUCUGGACUUUUGGUCAGCUUUAACCCAGGGAUUUCUGUUAUCUCCUUAAACACCCUUUGCCCAAAAAAAUGUGCAUAUUUACACCCCCACCACAUGUGAACCUAAUACUGAACCUAAUACUGAAUAUUCCUUGUUUAUUUGAUUUUAUCAGACUGGUGGUAAAUACCAUCUCCACAUCUCCAAACUAACUUAUAAUAAUUUUCUUCUAACCUUAUAGACAACAUUUUCAAAGUGUGUUUUUCCCAUAUUUUCCCAGCUUUGACUAUUUUUCUUUUUUAAAAUAAAUAAAUAUAUUUUUUAUUAAAAUUCCAUUUAUCAAACCAAUCAUAUCCAAUCAUAUUCCAAAUUAUAUCAAUUCAAAUCACAAAGUCCAAAUGUUAAGCCGAAUUUUAAAUUUUUUGUGGGGGGUACCCAUGCUUCGAGUUUGGCAGGAGUCCAAUCUUCUUGUAUUUCUGCUGCUUUGAUGUUCACAGUCCCAUCUUCUCAUCUCCUUGUCAUUAUCCUUUUUCUUCUUAAUAACCUCCGAGUUUUCUCCACAAGCGAGAUAAAAGAAACAGCCUUGUUUAUAUUUCUGUGUGAACUUUGAAAAUGCUUUCCCGUAAUUCAUCUCACAUAAAUCCAAAGGUCCAAGAGUCUGUUCAAGCGGCAGUCGCCAUUUUAGUCAAUUCUGAUGAAAUACAGUCUUGGUGUCCGCUCCUUAAUUUUUGCAGACCUUAUGCACUAUAAAUCAGCCUUUCCGGGAGGUUUGUUGCCCUUUCAAAUUUACGAUCCAACCUGAUAACAAAGCAGUGGCUCAUCCUCCCUAUGACUGGAAAUCUUGUAACAAGGUCUGCCCCUUAAUGGCGGAUCGCUUUUGUAACUAUGCACAAGAAAGCCUCCAUUCUUUCCAGAUCUCCCACAGAGUAAAACCUUUUAUUAGCAUUUUUUUGUUUCUACACAGUUUAUUUUUCCAUCUCAUUUUCUGGCUUUGACUAUUUUUCUGCCCACACAGGGCUCUUAAAUGUGGCAAACCCGACUGCGUUGUGUUAUUGUUCCUUGUUUCUCUUUGUUUACUGUUUCAUGCAUCCUGUUCUAUUUGCUGUUGCAUUUUUGUUUACCGCUUUGAUCAUUUUCUACAGGGAAAAGCAGUUUAUACAUUUUGUAAGUGGAGAGGAUGAUGGAUAAAUGGGAAAGAUAAAUAGUUAUCAGAAUAUAACCCCUACCUCUAUUAGAAAAUGCAGUUUCUCACAUGAUCUAUUUUACAUCUCUUUCCCAAACAGGAUAUUUUCGGGGAACCUUGCAAGUGUAGGUAAGUAAUGGCAAAGUUUACCUGUUGGAAUUCCAAAGAUUGCUCUCUAGAUGGGAAUAUAAGAAGUGGCUUUGCUAUGUGCAACAGCAUGAGGUGGAAAUAAGGUGUUAGGUGUCCUAAAGUGGUAGAAGGCUGAACCACUUUAGACUGCCAAGGGGGAAAUUGUCCCUCCAAAACAAACACCAACAUUAUUUGCAAGUAGAAAGCUAGUACAGCAGGAAGGAUACAGGUAUUUGAUUUUUAAUUCAAAACUUAACUGUCAGGGGUCUUUUACUUUACCUUUUUAUUCCAUCACCACGUUCUGCUGCAUGUACAUAGGUUGCCAUAUGUCCUUUUUUUCCGGGACGUGUCCUGUUUUUCCAGGGUAGAGUAAUCAUAGUGAUCCAUAGUUAAAAGUAAAAGGUAAAGGUAAAGGGACCCUAGACCAUUAGGUCCAGUCGCGGACAACUCUGAAUUGUGGCACUCAUCUUGCUUUAUUGGCUGAGGGAGCCGGCGUACAGCUUCCGGGUCAUGUGGCCAGCAUGACUAAGCCGCUUCUGGCGAACCUAGAGCAGCGCACGGAAACGCCGUUUACCUUCCCGCCGGAGCGGUACCUAUUUAUCUACUUGUACUUCGUGCUUUCAAACUGCUAGGUUGGCAGGAGCUGGGACCGAGCAACGGGAGCUCACUCUGUCGCAGGGAUUUGAACCACCAACCUUCUGAUCAGCAGGCCCAAGGCUCUGUGGUUUAACCCACAGCGCCACCCGUGUCCUAUAGUUAAAAGUAGAAGUCAGCAAAUGUGUCCUCUUUUUUCCUCUUCAAAAUAUGGCAACCUUAUCUUUGCCACAGUACCAUUCUCAACUUCAAACUGACAGCAUCUCUUUAAGAUUAAGGUAAAGCCCUUCUUAGCCCUUGAGAUGCCAGAAUUUGCACCGGUGGGACGUAAUGCAUGCAAAACUCAACUGCAAAGAGGUGUGAGGCCUCCCCAAAUAUAUAUUAGAUCUCUUGGGAAGUUCCAGUAUUGCUGUACCCAGCUAACCAAGAAUGCUGUUGUCAUGCUAUUGUAACCAUGACUGUGAUUACUAUUGCAGCAGUGCUUCCUAACCCAGGCAAAGUAGCUGAUGACUGUGGCCAUGAACCUGCAUAUGCCUCUCUAAGCAGAGAGAUCAGAUGCAGAAGUGGGAAAUAUAGUCCUGGUGGCCCAGGGAAGAGACAGAAGUCGAACCUUGGAGAUGCGGAGUGCCAUGUGGCCGGAUACACAUCGAGAAAUGUACCUAACUCUGUGGGUAGGCUGUGCAACCCUGGAGGUGAAGAUUUCAGCCCAGACGGUGGGUACCACAUCACCAGUGGUGGUGGCAACAACCAUGCCUCCAGAGCAGCUCAGAGACCCAGAGGUGCAACUGGUGGCUGUACCACUGCCAUUGUGGCAGGUAGAUGUGUCGGUGGCUACUCCAGUGUUGGUAACUCAGCUGGUGCAUGCUGUCACGCACAUUCAUGCAACCAUGGUACGAAAAUAUCAUCACGCUUCAGCAAAAGCAGCAGGAUGUGAACACUCAGUUCCCGAGGCUAGGACCAAAUUACGUAAGAAGAAGAAAAGAAAGAGGCUUCCAAUAAGAAAUGCAUCUUAUAAACCACGACACAAGAAAUAUUAUUGUUGUUGUUGUUGUUUUUAACUUCCAUAGAAAUUUCCAUGUGCACAGUGGCUCCUUCCUCCUGCAGUAACUCCUGUAAUGGAGCCUAUGUUGGUCCCAUUUCACAGAUGAGGAGCUGAGGCUGAGAGAUAGUCCAAGAGGUAGUCCAGAACAAAUUAAGAUGUUUGGAUUGUGGGUUUAAAAUAAUUGCUUGACCUUGAUUAGAAGUUCUAUGAUGUUGCAGAAAGGCUGAGUUCCUGAGUUCAACAGGAACAAAAAAUGCUUCACAGGGAAUCACAUCAAUAACCCACCUAGCCCAGGGCUGGCAGCAGUGCUCCAAGGCCACCUUUCCUGGCCUUGUUAUUCAAAGUCCCCAAGCUCCAUUAGGAAUUCCCAUGCGUGUGUGGAAAUCUCUGCAGUGAAUGGCAACAUCUUAUUAGCCCAGGAUGGCCAGAUGUUACUCUUCUGGCCUUGAAAACCCCUUAAGGUUUUGCAGACAUUCUGUGUUUUGAAGAGUCAUGUGAGUAUCCACAAUGAAUGCUUGCAAAGUCCUGGCUUAUGCGCUUCCUCGUCCCUCCCUUGCUGGCCCUUCAACCUUUUGCAACCAAAGUGGGAGCAAAACACUGUUAAACAGUUGCAAAAAGGGACUCAGCUUACCUGUUGACUUCUCAGCCAGUAGAAAUUGAACCGAUGCCUCAGGGCAUGCUCAAAAGCAUGGGACAGAGGUACCAACUUGAAUAGAAUAUGGGAGGGGGCAGGUAAGUCCCACCGUGCAUAAUCAACCACAAGACAUAGUGGACACACGCCAUUUGAAUGACAAUGCCCAUCAACUUUGUGGGGACUGAAGGAACCUCGGUCUCUAGCAGCUGGGAUCAGUGGGUUGGUAGUUUUCUAAAAUGUGUGACUCCUCCCCCCUGCAGGAUUGAUCCAGACCCUCUGGAUUUGCAGCUACACAAAAUGAGCAAAGUCAGUUUUCAGGAAAAGAGAGAAGUUUAAAUUAGUUGUGGUCCUUCUCUAAGAGUCUAUCCACCGACUUUUAACACAUGCCUGCAACGCAGUGGCGUAGCGUGGGGGGUGCAGGGGGGGCCAGCCGCACCGGGCGCAACAUCUGGAGGGCGUGCGCUUGCACUCGCAGUUCUCUGCCCCCUGCUAAAAUCCACGGGUUAGGGGGCGCAAAUUACUUGCCUUGCCCCGGGUGCUGACAACCCACGCUACGCCACUGCUGCAACGGCAUGGGAACUGUUUUGCUAGGCUUCCAUUCCUCGCAGUUUGAGAGUUUGUGUAAAAAUGGCAGGCAUGUGAAUGGGAGGGUGUGAUGCCAAUCACAAAGCAGAGAAGGAGCUAAACCAACCAAAGGAGCAAAGGCGGAAGGAUUGCGUGUGGAGGGGCUGUGCCAACACAAUAAGCACCUUCUUGCUGUUGUUUCAUUGUUGCAUUGCAUUGUAUUGUUAGGCUUUUGGUGUCUUUUCCAGUGUUGGCUUAAAAAGAAUGUUUUCAGCCAUCAUAUGUUGCCCUGCUAGGAGUGGAAAUGUGGGAAGUGAAUAUACAAUAUUUAUUUCACCUUUUAUUUCACAUCUGAAUUUGUUUCUGUGCACAAAAUGCAUUCUGUCUUAAAUCUCCAGUGUGUAUAUCAGGCCGAAUUUUCCUUUGUGAGCAUCUGUAAUUUGCAAAUGCAACCCUCCGCCAUCAGCUGUUUUUGGUUACAAGAGCCAACUCUUUUCUGCUGUACCUACAAUAAAUUGUAUGAAGAAAUGAUACUGCUUAUGUGUGUGUGUGUUAUUGUUUAUCUCUGUUAAGGAUGGGUAAAUCUAGAGAUGGGAGACAGAUUUUCAUCAACUCUAUCUAAAUUUCCAAUCAUCAAAGAGUAAUGGGACAGUCAUGUCCAGAGCAAAAUGGUACAGAGGUCUCAAAAUAUUCCAUGUUGUUCUCUGGCUAGCAGGGCCAGAUCAAUAUAUAUUGGCACCAAGGUGAACCUCAAAAUGGUGCCCCCUCUCCACUAGGUAAAGGGUAAGUGAAGAUCUACAUUGGAAACAAGGAGGUCAUAAAGGUUUCCAUUGCGAUCUGCUGCCCCAUGGAACCUGCUGCCGAAGGCAAUUGCCUCACUUUGCCGCAUGUGUGGGUCAGCUUUUCCUGCCAGACAAGAUGACAACAUGUUUCAUAUUAUAACUCAGCAAUGGAAGCAAAGUUUGUGCCUUUUCCUUUCCCAUCUCUUGUCCUCAGUUUAAUUCCAAGUCCACACCCAGUAGAGCAAGCUAUUUUAACAUCCCAGAGAUAAAGCGGGGGGGGGGGGGUUUGCUUUAUAAUAAUUUAUGUGUCACUUUAGGACCUUAGGGUUUGUUGUGACUGCAGAUACAGAGCCUCCCGCCCCCAGCAAAUUUAAUUAAUCUCAAGUGAAAAGAGCUACAAGAAACAGAGGAAUUGUCUUCAUCUGUUCUGUGCAAAGGAAGAGAACACUUAGGAAGAGAAAACAAUGGAAGAGAACUUAGGAAGAAGAGGAUAAUACCCUAAUUUCAGUUCCUUUAUUGCUUCUGGGAUUCAUUCUGCCCUGCAUUCCAUGCCUCGUGAAUUGGUUUUUUUUAUGCAGUUAAUUUAUAUACCGCUGCAUAGAUCAUAUCAGAAAUUUGGGAGCGGUUUACAAAUCCCAAUAAAAAGGAAUCAACAUAAACAAUAAAAUGCAAAUUCCACAUUCUUAUGGUUUAACUAUGAUUUGCAAAAUAAAUUCCACAUUUGGGACAUGCAUAGUUUGCCCUAGUCUUUUAGUUGUUACAGUUUCUUUGCUUUUGCCACCAUUCCUAAUGCACAGUAGCAAAGUAGUCUUGAUCACAUAGAUAUGAUCACAUCAGUAUUUCUUGUUGUGCAGAAUGCACUCUUGAAUGUUGGUACCCCACCCCUCAAGUUGUAUGUACAAUUUAUCAAGAUUGUCAUUUUACAUUGUUUUAUCAGUGCACACAGGUGUGUGUACUAGCAGUCCACUGAACCACAUCCCAUUUCUUUUGGCAACUACAGUAUUUAUUUAGCAAAAAUUUAUAUCCCACCAGCAUUGAGAAAGUCUGGGGAGACAGUGCCUCCUUACUCAUGCUGCUCACCAACCCUGUCAUCAGCUCAGCUCUGGCCUUACUCCUCUUAAAAAAACCCAAAAGCCCUCCACCUCCAGUCCCCAACUGAACAUUUCACAGAAAGCCAAAGAUGAACAGCUACUCUCACCACACCCACUCAACACAAUCAGCUAUGAGGAAUGAGACCAUGAGCUGCCUCCUGGCCCACGCAUCUUGUUUCCAUCUUACUUGCCCAGCCAACAACCGCCAGAUCUUCUCAUUCCCACCAACCCACCUCAAGCCUUAUAGUGCUAGGCACAAAUUCAACCAUUCAGCCCCUUCCUUGGCCCUCCUGCUCCACAUUACACAGUCCUCAGAAGCUGCCACUGAUGCUACCCAUAAUGCCAGUGUAGGUCUAACCCAGUGUUUCCCAAACUUAGGUCUCCAGCUGUUUUUGGACUACAACUCCCAUCAUCCCUAGCUAGCAGGACCAGUGGUCAGGGAUGAUGGGAUCGUUGUCCAAAAAUAACUAGAGACCCAAGUUUGGGGGGAAACUGAUCUAACCCCAGGCUCAGGCCCAUUCUCAGGCUGCUGUCUUCUCAUCAACCUCUACCCCACCCUCACCAUUAACCUCUCUACUUUAUUCAAAUGGAUUUGGCCUGAUUCUGUACCUGGCACCUCAACCUCCCCCACUUUGUUAGAAGCCCCUGUGCCUGCUCCAUAGCUGUCAACUUUUCCUUUUUUUUUAAAGGGAAAUUCCCUUAUUCCGAAUAGGAUUCCUUGCAAGAAAAGGGAAAAGUUGACAGCUAUGGCCUGCUCAUGCAAGCACCCUAUGUCUUUCCUAACUAAGGUGCUAGGUCAGGGCUAAGUUAGAGCUUUGCACUCCCUUCUCUGCCUCCUCUCACUACAGCAGUGCCCACUGGGUGCAGACCUCUGUCUCAGCUUUGUACCUAUUGUCUACUGCCUCUGUCAAUCAAGUCUACCCAGUUCACAGUGUCCCAUUGAGACACAUAUCCUAUUGAGAGAAAAUUAUCAUGGUGGUGAGCAGCAUAAAAAUCAGCCAUAAAAUUGCAACCAUAAAACAAAUAGAGAAUACACCACAAAUCAGUCAUUCAGAUUAAUACAUGAACACAACUGGAUCACCCUCUGGGAAAGUCUGGGGGAACAAGUGAAUUUGAAGCACCAACACUGUAGAUGUCUGCCUUGCAGUAGUUUAACAAUCAAUCCUCUACCCAGGAAACUCUGGGAAUUCCAGUUGCUAUGGGGAGAAUAGGCCACUCCUAACAACUCUCUGCACCCCUAACAAAUUAUAGUUCCCAGGAUUCCUUGGAGAAAGCCAUGGCUGCUUAUAUGGUAUAACACUGCUUUAAAUGUACAAUGCAGAUAUGGCCUAAGUCAAAGAAAGAAAGCUGGUUAUACCUGCGUUCCUUCUACUUAAAUAAAUUAGUGGCACAAAGCUGUGCAUAAUGGAACUUUCACAGAAGAACAGGUUGCUGCUUUAGUCACAUUGUGACACUCAUUUUUGUCCCACUGAAAUCAAUAGAGCUUAGUAAAUAAAACUGGGCCAUACGAAUCCAUCUUUUCCCUAGUCCACAAUUCUAUGUGCAUUUCUAUUGAGUACUUGACACAUCUGUGCAUUUAUUAAGUCUCCAUUUAUUCAAAUAGGAGUGGUAAAUCACAUUUGAAUUUAUCCUUUUAUAAACAAAGUUUGAGGAUAGCUAUUUUUUGAUGGAUGGCAAAGAAGCAGCAAACAUGAGUUCCAUCUGUUGCUCAAAGAAAAAAGGGACAGUAACAAGAAAAUUAAGAUCCUAAAAGCACAGCCUUGACUUGCAACUCUGCAGAAUGUUAUCAGCUGUGGUCAACGAAAGAGGAAGACUCCCUUAAAUAAUUUUCGGUCUAAAGUGUAAUUAAUGCAUUUGAGGGAAAUGAUUCUCAAAUGUAAUAUCCUACAAGCCAAGCUUGCAAACAAAGCAAUUCCUUUAAAAAUUCUCAUUAUUUCUUAGGUUUGCAUUCACUAUUAUAUUCUGUACAUCGAAGGGCAUUCCUGGGCCUGAGGCAGGCCAAACCCAUGCAUGCUCCAAAAUUAAAAUGUUAGACCAAUCAAGGCCAACUCCUCAGCUGUAUAUAAGAGUUGGCUUUGAGGUAUUGUGCCAGAGGAUUUCUCUCUCCACUUUGCUUCUGCUGCACCUGCUUUCUUGGAACUAGCCUAUCCCAGCUUGUUGCAAUGACUCAUCACAUGUCUGCUGCAAGGACCUUCAUGGGAGGAAGGGGAUUCAGUUCGGCGUCUGCUGUGUGUGGACUAGGCGGGCACAGGACAUAUGUCGCCUCUGUACGCCAUCCAGUCAGAAAUGGAUAUGGGGUCCGUGGCUUCAGCAGCCAAAGUCUUUCUAACCUGGGCGGAAGCAGAAGAAUUUCUUAUGGUGGCUAUGGUGCUGGAUGUUUUGGUGGCUAUGGCGGCAUGGGGUUUGGUGGCAGGGUGGGUCAUUACGGCCCUAGAAUUUAUGACUCUGUUGGAAGUUGCGGGCCUUUCCCAGGAUAUUCUAACUUCAGGGGGGAUGGCAUCCAUGGAGUCAGGAUCAACGAGAAGCUCCUGAAGCCUUUACAUCUGGGAGUUGAUCCACAGGAACAUGUCGUACGAAAUCAUGAGAGGGAAGAGAUGAAGAACCUCAACAACCAGUUUGCUGGCUUCAUUGAUAAGGUGAGAAGGCAAAUGUUUUUGACUUAACUCGAAAUAAGAAGCCCAGUCAGGCCCACGACAUGGGUGCUCUUAGUUUGGAUCACUUUAAAAAUGGCUCUGCAUCAUCAUGCAAGCAACCAAUGGGAUCGAACUGUGUGCACAUGGCUGCACAUGGGAUUAUGGACAUUUGUAGAGGCUGAAAUGAAUUAUAAAAGAGAGUUAUCUCAAGCGAUUAGACAAAUUCAUGAAGGAUAAAGUUUUCACUAGCAACUGACAGAGUCGCUAUGUUAUAUAUUCUGCCUCCAGAAUCAAGAGGAAAAAACAAUGGGGCAAUGCUAUAAUGCUCAUAUUCUGCUUCUGUACUUCCCAGAGCUGGUCAAAUAGCUCUUUGGACAAAUCCAACAGGGUUCCUUUAUUCUUUAAACGCAAUACACACAAAAAGCAAUUUAAAUGCCUGUUCUGAAAGUAGGUUUUCUCUUUGGUUUGUUUUCUGAUUGACUUAAUUUUGGUAUCAUUUGGGUGUUUCUUUGUUUUGAAACAGGUACGAACCCUAGAGCAGCAGAACAAGGUUCUUGAAACAAAGUGGAACCUCCUGCAAGAGCAUGUCACACCAGCAAAGAAAAACCUUGAACCGUUCUAUGAAAGUUUCCUUUGCAACAUGAAGAAGGAGCUAGACUGUUUACUGAAUGAAAGGCAACAUCUAGCAAGUGAAGAGGCUGCUAUCCAACAACUGGUAGAAGAACUGAAGUGCAAGUAAUUUGCAUUUUAAGCAUAUAUUAUUAUUAUUAUUAUUAUUAUUAUUAUUAUUUAUUAACAUCUGAACAUCUGAACAGGGCUCUUGUGCACCUUACUAUAUGGGGUACAGAAAGGUGAUUUUGAGUUGCACAGAGAUCUCCCUUCAUGUUUCAACAGAUAUGAAGAGGAAUUCAAAAGGCGUACAACAGCAGAAAAUGAAUUUGUACUACUCAAGAAGGUAAGGUGUUCAGAUUGGUGUUCAGAUUCAGUGGUUUUCAUAUGGAGCAUAAAGUCUCACUGCAAAUUUAUUUACAUCAGUGUCCUGGGGGCAACACUGAGCCCCUGCCAGCAAUUCAACCUUUGACUUGCACUUUGCCAUUUCCCACGUGGCAGGUGUCCCUCUGAGCAGGAAAUCUCUCACGUCAUCCCAGGAGUGUCAGCUUGGUCCUGCAACUAUGGAUGACAAGGGCCGUGGGUGCCAUGCAGCGCACAUGACCCUGACACUGAAAUUUGUGGGUGCCUGACCCCUUCAUGGGGAAUUUUGUGGGUGCUUGGGCACACAAAGCCCCAGGGAGUUGGCACCUAUGUGUCACCCUCAGAAUGCCAUCUGUCAGAUGAGUCUCAGCACCAUGCAGAUACCUUUUUGACCUGGCCAGAGUUAUUCUCUGAGGAACUCAGAGCAAAAAGCCAGGAAAUGGGAAAUUGCUUCAGAGGCCUAAGCUGCCUCUCUGCACAAGUCUCUUUGGGUUGGAUCCAGACAAGAGCAAACAGAACUCUUCAUACAAUAGUGCUUCUUACUUUUCUACCACCCCAACCUCCUGCACCCCCAGAAAAAUCUGUUCCUAAGGGUUAGGACACCCUGCAAGGGAUUGGGUAUGGGUUAGGGGGUUGCAGCAGGAUGAAAAAAUCAGAGCAAUUUGCAGGGAAAACCUUGCAAAAGCUUUUUUGCUCAUGUAAGAACCUUUGGAUCCAAGUCUUUGGUCAGAUGGAGCCAUCAGGCCUAGCCUCUCUAUGUUGCUAAGCAAUGGCCCCUGAGUCUAGAUUAGGUUUCUCCAAGACUAUAUUUCUGCCAAUUUUAAAAACUCUUUAAAAUACUUUCUACCUGUCUGUUCAGAUACUGACAAAGGCUCUGUUUGUCUGCCAUGAAAGAUGGUCAGAUAAUCAAUGCUAUGUGUCAGGUACUGUCAAUUGCUUUUACUGUUAGUGCUUACCAGUUACAGGCAGUGACCAUUUUAUGUGCAUCCGAUUGACAUGCAGCUGGGCACAUGACCUGGAAUUGGCCUGAAAAGCGGGCAGGGGUAGAAUGGGGGGGGGGACAGGGCAAGCCUAAGUGUGCUUCACCGACACGUGUGGGGGUCAGGAAUGGAACCCCCGUGCAAAAUGGUCACCACCUGUACUGCAUCUGUUUAUUAUGGAUUGCCAAGCAUCAAAUACCUGUUGAAUAUUCAUGAACCCUGAGAAUAUUCACCAUGAACGAGGUGGGUGUGUAUUUAUUCCCACUCUAAUUCUUGGGUCUGUCAUUUCUUGAAGGCUUAUGUGUAUUUCAGUCAUAAAAGAGAGCAUCUUUGUUUAUCUUCUUGCUUCAUGGUCUUGUAGUUGGGCAUAGGCAGUUGUCUGUUCUGAAUAUUUAGUUAUUUGAUCUGAACAUUUCCAACCUGCAGCUGGCGUUGUCAUUAUUAUCUCAGCAAUUGUUCAUGUUUAAUUAGCAGUUCCAUCUUCUUUAGGAUGUAGACUCUCUCGCACUACGCAAGACAGAACUGGAGGGGAAAGUGGAUUUGCUGAGACGGGAACUUGAAUUCCGCAGAUGUGUUUAUUUGGAGGUAAGUAUGACUCAGUCUUGGAUAGAGAGACUCAUGGACUGAAUGUGUAAACAUAAUUUGUAGCCCUUUAUGCCAUGAAGACAGGCCUGAGGUUUGUUUGAAGUAAAGAAUGAGAGUGCAUUCUCCUCGGUGAAUUACUACUCACAGUGGAAAGGUAGUGUCCCAUGGAAAUGGUGAAUAGUUGUCUCAGAGGUGAUUGAUAUGUGCAGACAAAAUAGAAACUAAGUGAGUACCCUUUCGAUCAGGGAUGGGGAACCUGUGACCUCAGUUAUCCACAAAGGAAUAUUUUUGAGAUAAGGAUAAUUGUCCAUAAAUCAGUGGCAGGGAGGAAAGGAGUCUACCAGCUGCGGGAACAGAAGCUUUUGGAUCAACUAUUUGCAGUCUGAAUUCAGACUUCUUCCUAGACUGGAAAAAUGGCAAAGACGGUUUGUUUACUGGAAGCCAAAUUACAGGAUGAAGUGAUGCAGUGACUUUUGGAAACUGUGAGAUAACCACUUCUCCCAAGGCAUGACAGGAAUCACCAACAGUUAUAAGAAUGAAAGAUAUAACGCCAUAUAUGGAUGGGAAAACAUCACACACAGGAAAGAAUAAGGAUUACAGUUAGAGUUCCUCACUUGAAAUUUUAUAAAUUACCUAAUGUACCAACACAAAUGAAAUGUAGCUGUUAUAUAAAGAAUUAUUAAGAUUUUGGAAUGCAGAAAAAAUGUAGAAGAACGAAAGCAUCAAAUCUAGCACACAGUUUGAUUAAAUUGUAUAAUUUGACAUUUGAAUAAUUAUAUUAAUUGGAUAAAAUUGGUACAGUGGUACCUCUGGUUGCGAACAAGAUCCGUUCACAACGUGAAAAGCCCGCAACCUGAAGCGACUUAUCUGCGCAGGUGUGCUGUGCGAUUUGGUGCUUGUGAGCAUGUGCGAAGCGCAAUUUAGCGCUACCGCUCAUGCAUGAGCGGCGAAACCUGGAAGUAACCCUUUCCGGUACUUCCAGGUCACUGCAGGAUGCAACCUGAAAAAACGUAACAUGAAGCAAACGUAACAUGAGGUAUGAUUGUAUUGUUAUAAUGAAGCUGCUAUUGGAACGAUAUUAGAAAAUCAAUAAAAACACAUUUUAAAAAUAAAAAACCCAAUACUACUACCACUACCUUUGAGUCCAAUGCAGAGUGCUUUUACAAUUCAUAUCUGUUGAGCCUAUAUUCAUUAGGUCAGAGCUUCUAGAAUAGUGGGUGCCAUCUGCCAAUUUACUUUAACCCUUUCACUUUUUAGAAACUAAACCAAGAGGUGUGAGAUUCCUUAAUUUCUCGUUCACAUGCAGACUUUCUGUGAAUUGCAGGAAUUAGCACAAUUGGAUGGCCAUGUCUGUGACACAAAUAUCCUCUUGCAAAUGGACAACAAUCGAGGCUUGGAUGUUGACUGCAUCAUCAGAAAUGUUGAGGCCUGGUAUCAGAGCAUUGCCCAGAGGAGCAAAGAAGAAGUCAAUGCUUUGUAUGAAAACAGGGUAAGCCAGGACAGAGGUGCAUUGCACUGAACUGGGAGAGCAGGCAGCUUUUCAGACCACACAUUUACUGUCAUGAUAAAGGGAAAACUGCUAGAUGCAAGUCUAGGAAUGUUUCCAAAAUUUAGCUCAUCUAAACUUAUGAUAUUCCAAAUUAGGUUGACCAUGUUUCUGAAGUGGAACCAAUGUAUUACAGAAGUUCAUUGUUCUAGCUUUUAUUUCUGAAAUCUGUACAGGGUCCUAUAUAUGGCUGGGUCAAAGAACCUUUUUGCUUUUUGUCUUAACCAAUGUGAAAGAGGGCAUGUGCACAUCAGCAAGACACUAUACUCAGUGCUAUUUUUCUAGAAAAGAGGUGUUAGAACUCACCAUGAACAUCUCCCUCGUCCUCUUUGAAUGGGAAUGGUGACCACCUGAGAGGUGAUGGAACUGAGUUCUGGUGAGUUCCAACUGAAAGAAAGCCCUGACUAUACUUAAUAUUUCAUCAAGAUUGCAUUUUUUUGUCACAAGUUUUCAGUGUGCAUAUAUUGAUAAUGUAGAGCAGUGUUUUUCAACCUUUUUUGGGCAAAGGCACACUUGUUUCAUGAAAAAAAUCAUGAGGCACACCACCAUUAGAAAAUGUUAAAAAAUUUAACUCUGUGCCUAUAUUGACUAUAUAUAAAGUAAUUCUCUUGAAUAGGAAUCAAAUAAACACAAAGAAGCAUGGUUUAACAUUCAAGCAUGGUUUAAUAUUUUUUUCUUUAAUGGCGAACAAAAACGUUGCAGACCGUUCUCUGCUCAGCGGGGAUCGAUCCGCUGAUCCCCCCUGAGUCGGCGGAUGACAGCUCCGUCUCCGCACUGUGUGCGGAGAGGGAGAUGUCAGAGCCCCGCUGCUCUCUAUGGGGAAUCGGAUGAGAGCGGACCGCCUGUCCGCUCUCAUCCGAUCCCAUCCGAUCUGAUCCCCACCCAGGACGGAUGGAAAAUAGGGUGGACACAGUCCGGCGCCCGCCUACUGGGUGAAAAUUUGACAUUAAAAAAAAACAAACUUUCAAAUUUUUCAAUUUUUCCCACGGCACACCAGGCAACAUCUCGCGGCACACUAGUGUGCCGCGGAACAGUGGUUGAAAAACACUGAUGUAGAGGGAUUAAAAGGUGCUAAUGAACCAAAAGUACUGCAAUUGCAUUCCAAUUUUGAAGUUGUGGGAGUCCUCCAUCCCACUACUGUGAAGCAUUAUUAGACUUUUUUUAAAAAAGCAACCUUAACCUUUUCUCAAAAUUAUUUUCAUAUUUUGCUCAAGGAGAAACAUCCAAAUCUCAUUCUAAGUGAUUCUUUUUUGGGGGGGAGGGGAGCAAGCUGGUAACCAGUUUAGAUGUGAUUGGUUUUUGGCAGGAUUGUGUGAUUUCAUUGUUUUAUAAACAUGGACGGACAUGGUUGGUCUCCAAAGUCUCUCACAGUCCUCAGCAGUUCCACACUACGAUAUUUUCUGGGAAUAUUGGUUAGUUAUAAUUUAUAUAUUCUCCAAUUAUUAUUAUAUGUCUUGUUUCUAUACUGUUCUUAUAAUUUGAGAUGUAUAUAUGUCUUGUUAUAAGUGUGGAAUUCAGUUUAUUUUUAAGAAAGGUAAAUAGCUAAUAACAAUCUACAUAUAUGCAGAUCCCCUUCACCAGAAACUUUUGGUAGACCCUACUGAAACUCAAGCAUCCUUCACGUGUUUCACCCAAGGAGGAGCUUUCAGAUUUCACUUGGUGACAAUUCUCUUAUUAACAUCCUUCUCUUUUCUGGGUACCAGUUCCAAGAGCUCCAGGAGCAAAGAGGGAAAUACUCAGACAAUCUGAAGAUAAACCAGCAUGAGAUUGCAGAUCUGACCAGGCUGGUCAAUAAGUUGCAGUCUGAGAAUGAUGCUAUUAAAAAGCAGGUAGGAGAGAAUUUGUCACUUGCUAUGUCUUUAUUUGGGAGCAGAUGGUCAACCAUACCAUAUCUACAAGUGACAACAGACUAAACCAAAACACCUUACUAUUUCUUGAGAACUUCAGUGUUGAAGGACGUUUUCCCCUUGAAGAUCUUUCUGAGAACAGAAACUUUGGGUGGGGGUGGGGGGAGAAUGCUAGCUUCUUUGGUCAGUUUGACCUGCUUCUCUUUCCUCUCUACUGAGCUGCCCUCAGUAACAUUGUAGCAAAAUCUGACUGGUGAUUUUAUUUGCCAUUGUUUCGAUAUCCGUAUCAAUAUCAGAAGCAGAGCAAAUGGUGGAGCAAAGCUUCUGCCCUGGAUGAAGUGGGGUGGGUGUCAGGAAGGCCAGCAUUGUGUAGCUGCACCAUCAGGAAUGCCACCACCAAUCCAGUGUUCUCACCAGUGCAACCAUGUGACUUUGACCUCAUUGCUGCCCCACCCCAGCCCUGCCCAGGUAAACAGCUCUGAUACUAGUGUCAGGAGGUCAGUUCCAUCCCACCACAGGUGCUGCUACUGAUAGCUUAGAAUUUAAAAUAUGACAACAGGCCUCCAAGAUGGCUUCCAAAAUAAGUAAUCUAAGUCAUUUGCAGAGUGGGGAAAAUUCAGCCCUUUCUUCUUCUUUUGUCUUGGCCACUCUGCUCCCACAGCUUUGAACUGCCUGGAUUUAAGCUUCUUUCAUGGUUUUGAUCCUUUCCCUCCAAUCAGAACUUAACAUUUUUGUUAAUGGUUCUGAAUUGAAUGGUAGAGAAAUGAGAAACAGAGAGAAACAGAAAUUAGCUGAUUCACCGAUCCCUAGUCACCACAUAAUCUUACAGAAUUUCCUCUUAAAUCAGUUCAGAUUUUUGUUUUGUUUUGCUUUGCUUUGUUUGACAGGUUGAUAUUUUGCAAUCUGCCAUUUGUGAUGUUGAGCACCGUGGAGAUGGUGCUCUUAAAGAUGCUCGAGAUAAGCACAUUGAGCUGCAGACAGCCCUGCAGAAGGCCAAGGAUGACCUAGCUGGCUUGCUGAGGGACUACCAUGAACUUCUGAACACCAAGUUGGCUCUGGAUAUUGAGAUUGCUACAUAUAAGACACUCCUGGAAGGGGAGGAGUACAGGUAACUGCGAAUUAUACAAAAAUAUAUGGGCACACAUGCAAACAUGCUAAACAUAGUUAAAUGCACUGAGAUUUAUUUUAGCCUCCUUUAUUUAUUUUUGAUUUGACUCCGAUUUCAUUAAAGGGCAACUUUGCUAUAAGCAACAUUCAGCAGCAGCCCUCAAGAUGUGUGGUUGAGUCAUUGUUGCAGUCUUGGAUGGCAAGGAAGAGAGGUGAGGGGUUGGCGAAGCUGAUGUGGUGCAAACAUGCUAGUGGAGCCAAUCUAAUGCUCCUGCUGGUGCAUUUGCACUGUACUGACCUCACAGCUUCCACCCUGUCUUCAUCCUAGUAUGCAGCAGUGACUCAGCUAGAGGACGGCCACGUGAAUGGCAUCGCCCCACCAUGCCAUCUGCUCCUGGGUCAGCCAUGAAGACAUGGAGCUGAAAACAUUUUUGCCUGCCAGUGAAGGCCAACUAGGGAAGUGUCCAUACAGAUCUCUGUUAGCAACUCAUUCCAAAUUGUGAAUGAGAAAGACUCUGCUCCUGGCCAGCAGCUGGAUCCAGGCUGAUCUGAAGCAUAAGAGCCAAGUCCUAGGGGCCAGCCCUUCCCCGAAGUUGAUGGCCAUUGCCAUUCAAAUGGUGUCCGUGUACCCUGUCAUGUGAUCAGUUAUGUGGGGAGGGGCUUACUUGCCCCCCCCCCUUGGAAUUUUAUUCAAGUUGGCAACCCUGAUUUGAAACUGUGCUGAUGACUUUUGUAGAUCCUCUGGCUACAGCCUGAUGCCAGGCUGCCCUUCUUGGAACACGGGACUUAUCCACAGAAGACACACCUAUGAACAGAGCAGGCCCUAGGCAUUUUGCUGUCUGAAGUGAAGAGCAAUUCCCCCGCAUUCCACAUUUAGAAGACCAGCAGCUGACCCUUACCCUUACCUCAACACCCAUCCCGAGACAGUGCGCCUGAGGGCAGGAGACUUAAUUAGGGACCAAGGGCACUCCUGUACUCUAGCACCUCAAUGCUGUUUCAACACACUUUCACUAACAGUCCUAGAGAAAACACACACCUUAGUACAGUGGUACCUCGGGUUAAGAACUUAAUUCAUUCUGGAGGUCCGUUCUUAACCUGAAACUGUUCUUAACCUGAAGUACCACUUUAGCUAAUGGGGCCUCCUGCUGCCACCGUGUCGGCACCAUGUGAUUUCUGUUCUCAUCCUGAAGCAAAGUUCUUAACCCAAGGUACUAUUUCUGGGUUAGCGGAGUCUGUAACCUGAAGCGUCUGUAACCUGAAGCGUCUGUAACCUGAAGCGUCUGUAACCUGAGGUACCACUGCACCUCAGUUUAAGAACAGUCUGGUUUAAGAACUAUUCGGUUUACAAACUCCGCAAAACCGGAAAUAGUGUCCUGGUUUGAGAACUUUACCUUUCUCUAGGAAUGGAAUCCGAACAGUGGAAGGGCAUCGGUGGCAGAAGGCCUCAUUAGGGAAAGCGCGCUUCAGUUUAAGAAUGGUUUUGUUUUAAGAACGGACUUCCGGAACGGAUUAAGUUCGUAAACCGAGGUACCACUGUAUAGUUCUCCAUUAGCUGCUGGUUAGGUAAGUCAACUCACAACAAGAUGAUGUCACAUAAUGCAUUUUUCAUCAUCAAAUGUUAUGCAGGGACAGGAAGAGGAGACAUGGUGCAGGCGUUGCUUAAGCAAAAUUGGCUUCCACUUGUGCAAUGGGGUUUCAUUCUCCCUUCUCCCUCCAUGCUCCCUCACAUGCCCCCAAAUGGGCUUGGUGUGGUUGGGAGAAGCCCCAUCCCCAGAACAGUGCAUGGGAGAAGUAAAAGUGUGAUCUUCUGCCUGGCAAGCUACAAUGCUUGUGUUAAUGGGACACUCACCAUAGUGCAACACUGAAUUCCAUCCAUGGUGUUUCCAGUUUUGGAGAUGGUCAUGCCGUUCCGAGCGCAAACAUUUCUGCGAAACACAGGCAUCAAAACAGGAAACCAUAAUGGGGCAAUCUGGUAGAUUAAGAUGACAAUCAACUGGGCUAGCGUGACCUUAGAUAAGCAAUAAGUGAUUUUAAUUAAGAUUGAACUUGUCUGAUUGUAUAGAAACUGGUACUUUUCAAAUAAGAUCUUGAUGCACUGUGUGCUCUCCAUUGAAAUGAAGGGAUGUUGUAUUCCACCCUGCAUUUGCAAAAGGCAUGUGCAGCAGAAUUGGCUGGGUGGAUUCUGCUUCAAAGCCAUAAUCAAGGUAAACGAACAGCAAUUGUGCAUUUUCUUUUUUCCGCAACAGGAUAGUCAGAGGAAAUCUUGUUGCUAUAGGUGAGUAAAACCAAUGAGGUUGUGCUGGGCUUGGGCAACCUACUACAUGCUCUUGUUGUUUCCUUUUUCAUGUCUGCUGCCUUUAUAACUUUUCUGCACAGAGAGAAAGAGAGAAUGCUAGGGAGAUUUCCAAUGCAGUUUUCACCUCAUGGCAACUUUUCUGUGUGUGUGUGUGUAACUUCACUCCUUCUCCAGGUUCUUGCUUUGUGUUCCUGCUUAGAUCUGCUGAACCCCAGCCAUUUUGAUGCUUCACUGGCUAGACUUCCCAGAUGAUUAUUUGGCAUUCCCCAAAUAAUUUCUAGCAAUCAACCAGACUAUUCCCUUUAUCGUCCCGAGGAAUCUCAAUAUGGUGCACUCUUUGGCAGAAGUGAUUCGUUGGGUUGGGCAGAGCUGUAACAGUAGCUUUCCAGAAGGCGGGUCAUUAUUGCUUCCUGGGAGGGAGAGGGAAUGGGCUGAGGUGACAGUGAGGUCAGUGUAGUGCAUCUGAAUUUGUUCUGCCAGUGUGUUUGCACUGCACCAACCUCCCUACCACCUUCCCUCUGCCAGUAAGCAGCAGCAGCCCACCUGCUGGGAAGAUAGCCCACCUGAUUAACCACUUUUGCUCUUUGGUCAAUUCCCAGUCUCCAGCAUAAGGGCACAGUUCUGUUAGCACACUGAUGGAUCAUAGAGUUAGAACUGAUUCUCACAUUAACUUUGUCCAAUAUUGGCCACUUAGAUAGCUAAUGAAUGAUUGUGCCAACACUGAAGGUGUCAUGUCUCUGUGUUAAACUCCCACCUGAGUUGAAAGUGAUCUGAACUGUGUUUAGAAAACUAUUGAUUUUCAGGUCAUUGCACUCAUCUGGUUCAAACUGACCUACUCCAAAUGAAAUCCACUUCAUUCAGGCAUUGCUAUUCAUUCACUCACACACAGAGAGAAAGAGAAUGCCAGGGAGAUUUCCAACGCAGUUUUCACCUCAUGGCAACUCAGCAACAACAAAGCUGCAACGAUAAGGUGAUAAUCAGGUCUCUUUCUGGCUGGGUCAGUUCCAAUCUCACUUCUGAAUGUUUCCUCCUUGCAGAUGUUUUCAAGCCACCCUACACAGAGGGCUCUGCUGGAUUUACUUCUUCAGGUGCACAUGGUCCUACAGGUGGUGGAUACGGUGGAGGACACAGUGAAGGACAUUGUGGAGGUUAUAGUGCAGGAGGCCAUGGGAGCUACAAAAGGAGCUCCAGAAGUGCUGGAAACCACCCAAGGACUGUAG